AUGAAAAUAAUUCGGCCACAACCUAAAACAAGAGACUUUGCCGUAUUCCCCAUUGUAAAAAAUGACAUUGUGGGCGAAAGUAUUUUAGAAAAUUCGCUACAAAUGGGGGGCUGGAAAACGACAAGUUAUACUCAUCUAGCAGCCAAUGACAUGAGUAUCAAAAAACAGUAG